CCUUCUGAAAGAUCUGCCUUCAUCUGAAGCUGCUUCUGUAUCCACUCCUGAGAGCAGGGCUAAAUUGCUGGCAAAUGCUGAGCUCCAUCACAUGGCAGCCUCAGCAACUAAUACUGUUCAUCCUGAUUCCUUCCAGAGAGAGAGUGAGACUGCUUAUACACAUGCCAUUCAUCACGAGACUCCAGAGAAGCAGCCUUUAUCUCCGGCAGAGAUUAGAGAACCAAAGCCUGUUGGAGAUGAAGUCACCCAGAGGCUGCUACUAGAGAACGAUUACUCUGUCCAAACACCCAGCCUGCCGGGAAAUCUCUCCUCAGCCAAACACAAGUUUACAGCCAAACUUUCGGAGAUGGAUGUCCAACUAACUGCUUUGCAGAACAUUGCAGAAAAUAUGGAACUUGAGUUUGCUAACACCAGGCUGCUGGUGAACACCAUUGAAAACCUUGGCGCUGUCAUUGACCCAGAACUGGAACCAGAGCGUUACACCACGAGAGGAGUUGCAGUUACAGAAGAAGCACUCUAUCUGAGCCAUGCAGCCAGACUAGAGGAUCUCUUGGAAGAUGAUGAGGAAGAUCUUUUAUCCGAGACAGUUCCUCCUUCUGCUGCAGCUUCUCCUCCUGUCCUGGUGGGGCGCUCUCUCCUCUUUGCACCUUUCACUGCCAGCAGCAUAGCUGGUCUUAAUGCUUCCUCUGCUGACUUUGACAUAAUGGCAAGAGAGGCUCAUGUGUCAACAGAGGAUGUUCUGGACCUCACAGAACUGAGCGAUAUUGCUGACAUCCUUGGUGACCUUGUGAAAGAUGGAGGAAUCUCAGCCACAGAGCUGGGUCUGUCGGAAGUGCAAGCCAGACGACUCCCCAGCACGGGCAAAGCCAGAGGAAGGGGGCCAGGCCAGGCGCCUACGAGGACAGAGAAAGAGAGGCGGGAGAUCAGGGAGUGGAUGAAGAGGAAACAGCAGCAGAGACUGGCUGAGUAUCGCAAACAGAGGGAACACAGCCCCCUCAAAGCAAGCACUGCAAUGAUAAAUAUCACUGCUAAAGACAUCAAAGUUAACAACAAAAUUAAAGAAGAAAAAAAAGAGUACUUCAAAAUGGUGCUGUCGGAGCACAACAGCCAGCGAGCUAUGGAGGCCCUGAAUCUAAUGAAUGAGAUGCUGUCUGACACACUGCCCCUCCCAACAGCUGAGCUCAGCCCCCUGGCAGACACACCUCUCAAAUCCAUCCGGAGCCAAGGACAACGAUCAGCAAGAGGGGGCAGACCUGUUAGUCGAAGCCAAUCAGCAGGUCACACAGCAAGAAGUCCAUCUAAUGUGAGCCAAACUAGAUCCCUGUCCUAUUCUCCUGGUCGACCUUCACAAUAUACAGGCUCUGUUAGGACUAGAGCGUCACAGAAAAAGCCAUCUGCUGCUACAGGGAGAGCCAGCAGUGCAAGCAGCAGCCUGGACCUGCACAGACCAGGAAGUGGAAUGCUGAGCAGUGCAGGGCCAGGGAGACCAUCUCCAUACUCCAGGGCCCGCAGCACUAGAGUGGAGACAGAGGCCUGGCCAGAGCGGGACGUUGUCAGUCCCUGGAGCCCACCUGCUGAGAUCAGAAGGUUACUGGAGAUGAACGGCUCUGUACAGGUGAGGGGAGCAGACCCGUCCGAGACCCGACACUGCUAUCCUCUGCUUGAAGAUGGGUCUCCGUUGAGAAGGGGUGACCUGGAUGGUUUGGACCGCCUGUCUGAAAGCACUGGCAGGAUCCUCAGUAAGCAGGACUGGGCUGCCAUAGAGAACAUGCUGGCGAGCGAGGAGGAUCUGUAG